AUGGGAAGAGGAAAAAUUGUCAUCAGAAGAAUUGAUAAUUCGACUAGCAGGCAAGUGACUUUCUCAAAGCGCAGAAAUGGAUUGCUUAAGAAAGCCAAGGAACUAUCAAUUCUUUGUGAUGCCGAAGUUGGAGUGACUGUCAUCUCCAGUAUUGGGAGGCUCUAUGAAUUUGCAAGCCCCAGCAUGAGAUCAAUAUUUGAACGAUACAACAAUGAGCAGGAGAAUCAUCAGCUUUUGAGUCCUACUUCAGAAGCCAAGCUUUGGCAAAGGGAGGCAGAAAGCUUAAGGCAACAGUUAAACUACUUGCAAGAAAGCCACAGAAAAUUGACGGGAGAAGAACUUUCGGAUUUGAGUGUGGAAGAUCUGGAAAGUCUGGAAGGCCAAUUGGAAACGAGCUUGAAGGGUAUCCGAACAAAAAAGCACCAAAUUUUAACUGAAGAAAUACAAGGAUUAAACCACCAGGGAGUUAUUAGUCAUCAAGAAAAUAUGAAAUUGUAUAAGGAGGUUAAUGUCCUGCAACGAGAAAAUGCAGAAUUACAUAAAAAGGUUUAUGGAGCAAAUGACAUAAACAGAAGUUCCUUCAAACCAUAUGGUUGCAGCAAUGGAUAUGACUUACAUGUACCUAUACAACUGCAACUAAGCCAACCGCAACAAACGCACAAUGAAACACCAGAAACGCAAGGAAUCUAGGGUAAUCUUUCUGCUAGGUACUCUGAAGAAUUAAAUCAGAAACUAACAGUACCAGAUCAUAUUCUUUUAACAUUAAUUCUGUCACAUCUUCCAAAUCACAGAUGAUUACAACU